AUGUCCUCCUCCUCCUUCUCCUCUUCCACACCUGCACCUGCACCUGCACCUGCACCCUCCUCUCCAAGGCAAUCCGCUCGGCGCAGACUCCCCUCGCGGUCCGUCAAGACUCCCUCCCAAUGCGCCGUCGAGGAGACCAUUCAGCACCCGGGCGCCGUCCGCAUCAAUGUCCAGGGCGCCUUCAUCUCCACCGACGACGAGCCCACCACGCCGCGGAGUGAGGAUUACACCCAGGAUCCGCACGACAUACGCCUGCCCAACCAUACCGGUGUCGUCAGCCACAUAGCCGUUGACAUUGGCGGCUCAUUGGCCAAACUUGUCUACUUCUCCCAGGAAUCCACCUCGGCGUCCGACGGCGGGCGACUGAACUUUGUCAAGUUCGAGACGGCAAACAUCGAAGCCUGUAUAGACUUUAUGCGCAACCUGCAGGCCAAGUAUGCGCAGCACAACGGCAACAAGGCCGAGGAUCUGUGCGUCAUGGCGACGGGAGGCGGCGCAUUCAAAUACUACGACCGGAUAAGAGAAGCACUAGGCGUCGAGGUGAUACGCGAGGACGAAAUGGAGUGUCUGAUCAUAGGUGCGCGCACACUCAACAGGGCCGACUCAACGGCACUCGAGCACUCUCAAGACUCACAAACCCAUCCAGGCCUCGAUUUCUUCAUCACCGAGAUCCCCGACGAGGUCUUCACCUACACCGAAGACAGCCCCAUGGGCUUCGUGCCCCGUCCGCAGAACCCCUCCGACAGCUACCCCUACCUCCUCGUCAACAUUGGCUCCGGCGUCAGCAUGAUCAAGGUCUCGGGGCCCCGGCAGUUCGAACGCAUAGGCGGCACCUCGCUCGGCGGCGGCACCCUCUGGGGUCUCCUCUCCCUGCUCACGGGAGCCCGCAGCUUCGACGACAUGCUGCGCCUCUCGGAGAGCGGCGACAACGCCGCCGUCGACCUGCUCGUCGGCGACAUCUACGGAAGCGAGUACAACAAGAUCGGCCUCAAGGCGACGCACAUUGCCUCAUCCAUGGGCAAGGUGUACAAGAUGAAGCGCGAGGCGGAGCGCAAGGCCGAGGACGGCUGCUCGGGGAAGAACAAGUUCUCCGCGGAGGAGAACAGGGGAGCCAACGCCAGGAACCUGCACGACGACCUCCACCACCCAGACAGCGGCAUGUUCCGCCCCGAGGACAUCAGCCGCUCCCUGCUGUACGCCGUCUCCAACAACAUUGGCCAAAUCGCCUACCUCCAUGCCGAGAAGCAUGGGCUGCGCGAUGUCUACUUCGGCGGCAGUUUCAUCGGCGGGCAUAGCCAGACGAUGCAUACGCUGAGCUACGCCAUCAAUUUCUGGAGCAAGGGGACCAAGCAGGCCUACUUCCUCAGGCACGAGGGCUAUCUGGGCAGCGUGGGCGCCUUUGUCAAGAGGCAGCCGCCCAACUGGGGGAGAAGAGCCAGCUUCGAAUCGAGGGGCCUGUCGGGCAGGGGCUUGGUAGGAGGCAACGAGAGAAGGGGCAUUGGUAAUGCUUAG